GUGCUUCCAUUGACGUCUUCAAAGUUGUAUUAGUAAUGUACGUCAUUACCUCGGUGCAGGCAAUGCGAAAUGCGGGCGUUGCCUUCGACACAGAGCCUCUGACUUCAUAGCUGAACAUUCUUCCAUUAAAGUCAACUUUCAACAAUCGAAAACCAUUUCUGAUACAGAAAACAUGCCCGAGUACAUCAAGGCAGUCGAUAUUCGCGGUGGCACUGGCGAGCGUGAUGCCCUCUUCAUCAACGCCGAAACGCCCAAGCCUUCUGCUACUGAGGGGCAGGCCAUUGUAAAGAUCAAAGCUUUUGGUAUUAACCGCAUGGAUAUCAUCCAGCGUCGAGGCUUUUACCCGCUGCCACCUCAAGCGCCUAAGACAUUGGGCGUGGAAUUCAGUGGCAUCAUCGAGUCUUUUGGACCUGGCGAUCAUGGUACUUUCAAGGAAGGGGAUGAGGUGUUUGGGCUAGCUUACGGUGGUGCGUAUGCCGAGUACAUCGCGGUCAGUACUCGCAUGUUGCUGCACAAGCCGGCUUCCAUCGACUUUACCACGUGUGCUGGUAUUCCCGAGGCUUGGAUCACUGCGACUCAGGCGUUGCAUCUUGUGCUUGGCUUCACGAAGGGCAAAUCCAUCUUGUGGCACGCAGGAGCUUCAGGAGUGUCGGUUGCCGGCAUCCAACUGUCACGCAUCGCUGGGGCCUCCGAAGUUUAUGCCACAGCUGGAUCUCAGGACAAGCUCGACUUUAUCACUUCGAAGCUCGGCGCAACAGCUGCAUUCAACUAUAAAACGCAGGACUGGGCGGAGGAGAUCAAGAAGGCUACCGGCGGCAAGGGUGUUGACUACAUCGUUGACUUUGUUGGUGGAAGCUACUUCCAGCAGAACCAGAAUGUCGCUGCGCGUGAUGGACGGAUCGUGCUUUUGGGAACGCUGAGCGGCGCCAAGGUCCCUAAUGCUGAUAUUUCUCAGAUCUUGUUCAAGCGACUUCGUAUUGAGGGCAGUACUCUUCGGAGCCGCGACGAGGUUUACCAGGGCGAGCUACGGGACCGACUGGAGCAAUAUCUACCAGACUUCGAGUCUGGCAAGCUUAAGAUCUUUGUGGAUGAGGUCUUUCCGUGGGAACAGAUUCAAGAGGCCCACAAGCAUAUGGAAGAUGCCAAGAACCUGGGUAAGAUUAUAUGCACUAUAUCCUGAGGUAGAGAAUGAUUUCAGACUACAUUGUGUGGCAUUUAAAUCUAGCCCAUAAAAUCAUCUUCCAGAAAGACUUUCCAUUUGAACCUCAAAGCAUGGAUAUCAAACGGUUCACUAGUACGUUGGCUGUGGAAACUUGUAGCCUAUCUUCUUCCACCCGCCAUGAGAAUUCCUAUCACUUGCUUAUAUUCAACCAAAUCAACAAAGACACAAACGGAAAUCAAUGCAGCGACCUGCACGCCACAUG